AAUUCCUGUACAGAUUAUUACCAACAAAUACGGAAGCAGGUUUACUAAUUAUGCCCCUCUGAAAUUUUCUCUUAUACAUUUAUUAUUAGUUUAAAAACUAAUAAUAAAUGUAUAACGAAAAAAAUAUACUCAGAUCAGAAUUCCCUUUACAUAAAUCUGGUGGAGUAGUUAGAUGGAUGACAGCAUCAAAUGAGUACAAGAAUGUUAUAUUCUAAUAGGAAUUCAUUAUAAGUAAACCUUUAACCCUCCUUGUUAAACAAUUGACCGACAAGUAGUAUGCCAUUAUCUACCCAUUCCCUUAAAAACAAUGACUCGCGUUUAAAACAUAUAUCUUGAUUAUUCCAAAUGUAGUAUUUGUGAGGGGAACGAUUAUUAUGUUUAAAUACCAAGAGACCAGCAUCAGAGUAACUGUUUACGAAAAUUGGAGCGUUUUUACAAGAAAACGAGUGCGCGAGCUAUUCACCUUGCGUGGCGGUCCGGUAACGUCACAGCGCGUCACUUCCUGCCGUCAGACAGCCAGUUCAGGCCAGUUCACUACGUGUUGUAGUACUCAGUCUGUCCCGCUGAGCUGUCAACACACAGCAGCCCUUACUCUGCGUGUCCGUUGCGACAACAUUUUUCUAUUCAACUUAGUCCAUUUUCUUCUUCAACGACGUUUUCCUUCAGAUAACAGCUGCUUUCAUCUCACCAUGACUCGGAGGUGAUCUUCAGAGUGUCCGGGUGGUUCUGGGGUUCCAGGUUGGUGUGGUGAGAGAGCAAGCUAACUACGGGGUGGAGCACUGCCUGGGGCAUUGUGUCCCUGGCUCUCAAGUGACUAAGGAAGGGGCUCGGCAAACUGUUCUGCAGCAUGGAGAAAGAAGACCUGAAGGUCCUCAACAAGGGGGAGGAGGAAGAGAUGGAGCUGCAGGGCUACCGUCUGUGCCGUUGGCGGUUGGCCCUCGUGGGCCUCGGGGUGCUGUGUACAGGGGGCUUCCUCCUCCUGCUGCUCUACUGGAUGCCAGAGUGGUGCGUCAAAUCCACCUGCACCCGUACCACAGCCCGUGAUGCCGAAGUGGUGUUGCUGCGCUCCACGGAUGAGUUCCGGCGCUGGUUCCUGGCUAAGGUUCGAGUGAUGCUGGCCCCGGGGAGCAACCCCUUCCACAGCCUGGAGACCCAGACCACCUCCCCCUCCUCCCCUUCCUCUCCCUCCUGCCCCUUCUCCCCUGACUCCCCCUCUCUGGCCAAUGGACACACCCCCCACCCUUCUGACGGCAGCCCCGCUCAGGAGCUCAUCAGAAGAUUUGCCGACUACCAGCCCACACAGAUUCGCUAUUUUACCUUCCAUAGCACAAAGUAUUAUUGGAACAACGAGGUGCAGAACUUUGAGGUUUUAAACGGCCUGGAGGAUCUGCAGGUCAGCUGCUCCACCCUCCAUGCGGAGCACAGUGCAGGCCUGACCAGGAACCAGCAGGAGUACAGGAAACUGUUCUUCGGAGUGAAUGAAAUUGCAGUGAAAGUGCCUUCUGUUUUCAAGCUGCUUAUCAAAGAGGUUCUCAAUCCUUUCUACAUCUUCCAGCUCUUCAGUGUGAUCCUGUGGAGUGCCGAUGAGUAUUACUACUAUGCUGUGGCCAUUGUUUUCAUGUCGGUCAUAUCCAUAGCUACCUCUCUGUACACCAUUAAAAAGCAAUACGUCAUGCUUCAUGAUAUGGUGGCAGCUCACAGUAUUGUCCGUGUGUCUGUAUGCCGAGCCAACAACGAUAUCGAAGAGAUUUUGUCUACUGACCUGGUGCCCGGUGAUGUGAUGGUCAUCCCCAGCAAUGGGACCAUAAUGCCAUGUGACGCCGUGCUGGUCAGCGGCACCUGCAUCGUCAAUGAAAGCAUGCUCACAGGUGAGAGCGUUCCUGUGACAAAGAUCAAUCUCCCGAACCCGAUGCCAGGGGAGAGGGGGGAGGAGGCUGACAGUGCCUACAACACAGAGGAGCAUAAGAGACACACACUCUUCUGUGGCACCCAUGUCAUCCAGACCCGCUUCUACACAGGCGAACUGGUCAAGGCUGUCGUGGUCCGCACAGGUUUCAGCACAGCCAAAGGCCAGCUGGUGCGCUCCAUACUUUACCCCAAACCCACCGACUUCAAGCUGUACCGUGAUGCCUACCUCUUCCUGUUGUGUCUGGUGGCUGUGGCUGGAAUUGGCUUCAUAUACUCCAUUGUCCUCAGCAUCAUGCACAAGGUUCCAGCUAAAACCAUCAUCAUUGAGUCCCUGGACAUCAUCACCAUCACUGUGCCACCUGCGCUGCCAGCCGCCAUGACGGCUGGUAUUGUGUACGCCCAGAGACGCCUCAAACACAUUGGCAUUUUCUGCAUCAGCCCACAGAGGAUUAAUAUCUGCGGGCAGAUCAAUCUGGUCUGCUUUGACAAGACUGGAACUCUAACAGAAGAUGGAUUAGAUUUAUGGGGAGUCCAAAGAGUUGAGAAUGGCAGUUUCCACCUGUCAGAGGAAAACGCCUACAAAGAGAAUCUGGUCAAGACCCAGUUUGUGGCUUGCAUGGCCACCUGCCACUCUCUCACCAAAAUAGAGGGCCAGCUGUCUGGAGACCCGCUGGACCUCAAAAUGUUUGAGGCUACAGGCUGGAUCCUGGAGGAAGCCACUGAGGAGGAAACAUCUCUCCACAACCGUAUCAUGCCUACUGUGGUUCGACCUCCCAAACAGCUGUUGCCCCCAGAGCCUGCAGUAUCCCCAGAACAGGACAUGGAACUUUAUGAGCUUUCGUCAGCAUAUGAGAUAGGUAUCGUGCGCCAGUUCCCUUUUUCCUCAGCACUCCAGAGGAUGAGUGUGGUGGCCCGUCUGCUGGGGGAGAAACGUAUGGAUGCCUACAUGAAGGGGGCACCAGAGGUGGUGGCUAGUCUCUGCAAGAAAGAGACAGUGCCAGAAAAUUUUGCAGAGGUUUUGGAGGGCUAUACCAAGCAGGGUUUCAGGGUCAUAGCUCUGGCUCACCGUCGUCUUGAAUCGAAAGUCUCCUGGCACAAAGCCCAGAACAUCAGCAGGGAUCACAUAGAGAAAAACAUGGAGUUCCUGGGUCUGAUCAUCAUGCAGAACAAGCUGAAAGCAGAAACCCCAGGAGUACUGCAAGAUCUCUACCGAGCCAACAUCCGCACUGUCAUGGUUACUGGUGACAACAUGCUGACGGCCAUCUCGGUGGCUAGGGACUGUGGGAUGAUCCCUCCAAAGGACACAGUUAUAAUUGCAGAUGCCCUCCCUCCCCAUGACGGACAGGCCGCCAAAAUCACCUGGAGAUACGCCGACAAACCGAGCAAGACACCUCGCCUGGAGGAAGUAAACAUCAGCCUGGAGGAUGUGUGUCACGUAGAUGAGCCCAAAACGCAAGAGCUGUACCACUUUGCCAUGAACGGAAAAUCAUUUGCGGUCAUUGCAGAGCAUUUCCCCGACAUGCUUCAAAAGCUGGUGCUGCAUGGGACAGUGUUCGCCAGAAUGGCCCCAGAUCAGAAAACCCAGCUCAUCGAGGCGCUUCAGGGUGUAGAUUACUUUGUGGGUAUGUGCGGAGAUGGAGCGAACGACUGCGGGGCUUUAAAGAGGGCUCAUGGUGGCAUCUCUUUGUCAGAGCUCGAGGCCUCUGUAGCCUCUCCCUUCACCUCCAGGACGCCUAACAUCUCCUGUGUCCCCAGCCUCAUCAGGGAGGGCCGUGCUGCUCUCAUCACCUCCUUCUGUGUGUUCAAGUUCAUGGCCCUUUACAGCAUCAUCCAGUACAUCAGCGUCACUCUCCUCUACUCUAUUCUUAGUAACCUUGGAGACUUUCAGUUCCUCUUCAUUGACAUUGCCAUCAUCCUCCUCAUUGUCUUUACCAUGAGUCUGAACCCAGCGUGGAAAGAGUUGGUGUCACGUCGUCCCCCGUCAGGUCUGAUCUCAGGGCCUCUGCUGUUCUCUGUGCUGACCCAGAUCCUCAUCUGCUUGGGCUUCCAGACCAUUACAUUCCUUUGGGUCCGACAGCAGCCCUGGUACACGGUCUGGAACCCGCAUUCCGAUGUCUGCAACCUGUCAUCACACAUUAACAUGUCUGACCUCAACGACACAGAAGUGGACGACCACAACAUCCAAAACUACGAGAACACCAGCCUCUUCUAUGUGUCCUGCUUCCAGUAUCUCAUUGUUGCCAUCGUCUUCUCAAAGGGCAAACCUUUCAGGCAGCCUAGCUACAAGAAUUGGCCUUUUGUGCUGUGUGCAUUGAGUUUGUACUUUUUCCUGCUGUUCAUCAUGUUCCACCCUAUCGAAAGCAUUGACGAGUUUCUAGAGAUUGUUUGUGUUCCAUUUGAAUGGAGGAUAAAACUCUCCUUGAUCAUCUUAGUCAAUGCAGCUGUGUCUGUUUUGGUAGAGACCUUCAUCAUUGACAUCGUCUUAUGGAAGCUUGUGUUCAGCCGAGACAAACAGGGCAGCUUUGGCGACACUCCUGCCGCCCCGACACCACAGGGGGGCAUUGACCUGCGGGCGUACAAGUGUCUGUCCUGGGUGUGCUGCCCUCGCAAGAUGACACCCAAGGCUCGCUACAUGCAUCUGGCCCAGGAACUCAGUGUGGACCCCGACUGGCCACCAAAACCAACCACCACUACUGAAGCCAAGCCCAGCCCAGAAAACGGCUCCACCUAUCAAAUCAUGAUCAACUCCUAGCAUCCCCAACACCUCUCCCUGUAUCUAAUACCCCUUUUAUACGGGAGACAUGCAUAUGACGCAUGUUUAGUGAACGCACAUUCAACCUAUUCAUAUGAAACAGUCACAGGAUAUUUGCUUGUUACUGUUUAAAAACUUGCGUCUAAUACUGCAGUUCCAGAGAUAUAACUGCAAAACCCAUAGACUUACACAUAAUUACCAAAUAAAGUUAAGUUUCCGUUAUCUCUGUACUCUUGCUCUCUCUGGCUCGUCCACUCACGCGCUCUCAGGUCUCUUAAAUUAAAGUAAAUUCCCAUCCCUUACAACAACGCCUGUCCAUCUAAGCCGAACAGCAUCCAACACACAUGGAGGGAGCGUUGAGAAGCCAGGUCAGAUUAGUGUGUCAACCAAGGGUUUAAUAUCCACUUCACUUUGUCUGUCAGGAAGGGGUAUAAAGGAGACUCCGCUCCAUUUCAGAGCUAACCUCUGACAUACAUGUGCUGUCAGGAAUGUCAUGGGAAGUGUAGGCGUUGUGCUUGAAAAUAAUCGUUAAAAAAUUGUUAUUGUUAAAAAAUUGUUAAAAAUACUGAGAGUAAGAGGGUUGUUUGAUAAACAAAGACUCUGGAGUUUGAGGAAAAUUACUGUAAAAAGAGGUUCCACUUUAAAACUGAUCGUUUCGAACAGUUGCUGUUAACACUGGAAGGGUGUGAAGGUGGUCAUCUUCUGAUCGUACAGUUUUUAAAAGCAGCAGCAAAAACGUCUCCUCGAUCUUCAUAUAUCUGUGUAGCCACCACCUCACAUCAUGAAGGCGUUCAUUCUGUGCGUAACUUGUGUUGUGGGCAGUUUAGGCUCUGAUUGCUACUAUGUAGUGGUCUUAUACAGUUAAUAUACUGUACAUACACGUCAUUUUAAUGAGCUUGCAUAACCACCUGGCAAGCACUCAUUAGAAAGCAUAAAAUUAUAACCAAAAAGAAACUUACCAUAGACCCCCAGUUAUGAAUAAAAUGGCUAAUUUGAGACCUGUAUUCAAAUAGUCUUUCAAGCACACUGUAAGUUGUAUGGCUGCCAUCAACAGGCCCAAGUUCAUAUUGACACUUGCAAGUAAACAAAAAUACGCAUAUCCCUUCGACUGUCACUGAUGAUACAGGUCUGGAAAAAAAGUAUAAAGAAUUAUUUAAAUAAAAAAUGGGGCAUGUCUAGAUUUUGUAAGGUUUGGAAACUGUACAAUAAUUCUAAAAAUCUAUAUUUUUAGUAAGAGCUGACAGGAUAGUUUUACUUGCUUUCAUUGAACGUAUUUAUUGUUUUGAAGAGUCACCAGCCAUAAGGUGAUAUGACCUUUAAUAAAAUCAUACUGUUGUUUUCGGCCACUUUUAAUUUAAUUUAAGGUAGUUGUAGACAGUGACUUGUUGAUAUUAGAAGUAGGCAUGGUAGGUUUAGGGAAGUUUUUUUUAUUGCAAGACUUUCUCACAAAAUACACUAAAUAUACAGAUUGAUGAUUAAAACUACAAAAUGAUUAACCUCAGAAACUAAUCUGAGGUAAAUUUUUCUCAUAUUUUGGCCAAAACUUUUAUAAACAUUCAAGAAAUGAUGGCCUGUAAAAAGUAAAGAUUCAGUGAGAGAGACUGAUUCACAAACAGAUGUACUCUUCCUCUCUCAACCACAGGCUGGGACCUGUGGCAGGCUCUCCAUUGUAUCUGUCAUCUUGUCAAAGAUAUUAUUAUGUAGAAAAUAUAUCAAAUUAUGGAUCAGGGAAUGGCAAAUACCAUUGGUCUGUUGCUCCAGACUGAAACACGUCAACAAUUAUUAGAUGUAUUGCCAUGAAAUUUGGCACAGACAUCCAUGGUCUACAGAGGAUGAAUUCUCAUGAUUUUUUUUAUUGCCUGGUUUUUCAUGUCACGCCACUAACCGGUCAACAACACUUCAGCUCCUAACAGGAUACCUCUAAAAGAUUGCAUGCACGUUAUAACCUAAGUCUAGCAGGGGACAACAUGGCCUUUCCUCAGGCACUCCCCUCAAGCCAAACUUUUUUGCCCAACUAGUGGUAAAUAGUAGGAAUAGCAAACUUUCACACUAGAAAAUUUGGUUUUCCGGUGUGAGAUGAACAUUACAAUCUAAUGAGCCACUAGCAUGGCUAGAAAAGUUUAAUCUUGUUUUUGCAUCAAUGAGCCAAUGUCCUGUCAGCAUCUUAUGACAUCAGACAGGACACUGAAAGCAUGCAAAGACGUGCAUGACGCCAGCUCCCUAUGGUCAUGUUUUGAAGACGUGAUGGUUGCAAAACUAGAAAUAUUACUGCAAAUACACAGCAUUACUGUAGAGUAAGGAAUAUUUUACAUGAACAUCGCUGUAUCAAAAAAUCUGCACAAGAAACUGCAUGCAUCUGGCUGGUUCUCAUGUGCAGUUAUCCAAAUGCAUGAGGACGUAUGGAUCAUACAUCUACAAACUCAUGUCUGAUGGGCUCCUGAGAGCCAUACUACAACUUUUUUUUUUUUUUUUUUAAACAAUGUCCGUGACCGUCUCAGUAAAACAUUUCUUCCUAUGGAAGACUCAUUAAAAGUGGGAUGGUAAACCAAGGCAAGGCAUUGUGCAUCUCAUCAGCUUGCUGCUUUUGGCACAUUCAGAACAUCCUCACAACAGCACACCCUGCACAAGAUGGAUGCUGAUUAACAUUAACAGUAGUGUUCAUGUAUUGCACACAGGCUACCUGCAUACAGUUAAGGGCUACAUUUUAUGUUCACUGCUCUCCCUUUGAUGUUUAAAGUGAUACUCCCCCAAAUAUGUUCAUUAAACAUCUAAUACUCACUCUCAUCUGUUAGAUUUUAAAGGUGACUGUAGACGUUUGUAGUUUCUUCCUUAAUAAAAAUAAGAAUGUGUAAUUCAGUCGGUUAAAAUAGGUUCCAAAAAAGCCAAAAAAAAUGGUACAAUUGGAAAUCAUUGUAACUGACCGAAUACAAGUUGACCACCAAAGCCACCAGAGAUGGUGUUUGAUAAUCAAAAGACAGAUUUUGGGUCAAGCAUCACUUUAAAACAAACACACCGGCACGUAUGUAGCUGCCUCCCAAUGUCAAUAUAACUGUAUUCUCUACAAAGCAGCCUGCCUUUCACUCAUUUUAUGGUUUAAUAUUCUUAAUUUUAAAAAAAUAUGUCCAAAUAUAUUCUCUGAGUGCUUAUCAGUGGUUAUGCGACACCAUGUGAAAAGAAUAUCAAUGUAAUGUUACUAAAAUUAAGCAAAUUAUUUCUCAAACAUCUGGUAACAGCGCUGUGUAUCAUUUGCCACUUUAUCAUGUAUUUGAUUAUGAAUUAUUUUAUUCAUAUAAAAACAAUAUCACAACAGAUUUCCAUAAUAUCAGCAACAUAAGAGUCCAAAGUUGCUCAGUUCUUAAAAGCCAUUGUCUAUUGAGAUACUUGUAGUAAUAUUACAGAUGCAUAUGAAACUUGUGAUCCAUACUGUUUUCAAAGCUCAAAUGUGAUAUGUGAUAAUAGUUUUCAUGCAUACAUGUAUUUGAUUUGCAAAGUUAUAAUAUUUUGUAACAGCAUUUUAUGGGUUAAUGGUCAGACUAUGAGAAGGAUGGAUACUAGAUGAAACUGAUGAGAAAUGCAUAACAUGAUUCAAAUAGACAUACUUGUGCCAAUUUGCAGAAAGAUUAUGAUAUUUUGUCAUGAAUUUGUCAAAAAUAUGUUAAUUUUGUUGAAGUUAAACAAUAUGGCUGAACAUGGGCCAGAUCAGUUUCUAUGCUUCUGAAUAUUCAGCGGUAUUUUUUUUUUUUUCUUUUUACCUUUCAGGGUUUCAUUUUUUUCUUCUCUAGAUACCUACUGAGGCUAAAAUUGAAUGUUAUGAAAAGAACAAAAACAGUAGUUUUGUUUUUUUUGAAUGCAAUGCAAUACUAUGGUUAUUGAUUAUAUUUCCAAAGACUUAAAAACAUUUGAUCACAUCUGUAUUGGUUAUUUGAAAAAAAGAAAAGAAAAAAAAACAGUUUAAUUUUAGCCUGUGUUCAGUUCUGUCAACUCUGAUUUGACUGAGCAGAAGUGGACUUUAAAUGGAGAUAAUAAUAUUAGAGGUUGGAUUCUAUCUGUAUAUAUGAGAUGUACAUUUUUAGUGUGUGCAUAAAAGUCAAAAGAUUUAGUUAUAAAAAUGUAUGGUUUUUGGAUUAUCAAAGGGCUGGUGUGUCUUUUUCUACUAUUUUGGUACUGUGUUACAAUCAGUUGUCUUUCUACUUUUAAUUUAUACUUUCUAUUGGAUUUGUUUGUACCUUCACUUUUGUUAUGAAGUUGCAUUAGCUUGGAUUUUCUUUAUUUGGGCAUGAAUCCUGGGCAUUUAUUUCACAAUUUUAAUCAGUUAUUGUGAAGUAUGAAUAGGGCACUUGGAUCAAUAUUCAUUCUGUCUUGGGUAAACAUACUACAGCAAAUGUCUACUUUUAGAGUUAAAAGACACCCUGACUGGAGAGACUUCAAGUCACCAAAGUAGGCGUUAUUCUCAGCUUUUCUUCUCUUGAGUCUCAGCAUUUUGUAUUAAACCAAGGAUCUGAUCUUGACGAAAGAAGGGAAUUAAAUUGAUGUAGUAUAUUCGGCUCCUUCGCUUAGCGAAUUCAGAAUUUGAGCAACAUCUGACAAUCUUGUUACUUUUUUGUCUGCUCAUCCAGUGAACCUUUUUUUUUUUUUGUCUAGAAAUUUUAAAAUAUCUUUUGCAUCCAUGUAAAAUUAAAAUGUAAUUGGCAAAAAGAAUGUGCGUUGCUGUUCAGCCGUCUAUUGUAGAGGUGAUUAUAUUGCUGCUAGGGGCAAAAUGAUUCAGUCACAGCUGUGUCAUAACUGUGCACCUUGAUACAGAAAAGUAAUCAAUUUAAUGACUUGCAAAGUGUAAAUACUACUAUUGCUUUUCUUCUACGCUACAGUUUUGCCUUUUAUUGUGACACAGCUAUGUCAAAGCAAUGGAUUUUAUGCUGAAACCUCUAUGCUCUUAUACAGGUACAACAUAUACUGACUGUUGACAGUUAGCAUUGGCCUCUUAUUCACUUCAUGUAUUUUAAACAAACCAUUGAAUGGCAUUUAGAGCGAGUCAGCCACUGAGUACAUGAAGCCUCAUGUGGAUGUUGUUUCCUCAGGGAAAUGUGUGUAUUUGUAAUGAAUAGAGAAAAUAAUAAAAGUUCAUACCCAAAAUAAGGAAAAUA